AUGGGUUCUAAGUCGAAUGGAUCAAAAAGAGUGAAAAUGGAUUCGGAUUUAGUUGUGAGAGGUAGGGAUGAUGGGGAUGAGCUUUUCAUAGAAGACUUUGGCAACGAAGCCGAAGAUGAACAAAGAACGAUGGCUUUGGAUAUGAAAAGUAGAUUCAACAACUGCGAGACUCAAAGGAAUUUGCUGCGAAUAUACCCCAAGGGUACACGAAUUGGCUCAUCUAACUACAAUCCUCUGGUUGGUUGGAUGCAUGGAGCUCAAAUGGUUGCAUUGAACAUGCAGGGACAGGGAAAGCAUCUUUGGGUGACAGAAGGAAUGUUCAGAGCCAAUGGUGGCUGUGGUUUUGUGAAAAAACCAGAUCUUUUAUUAAAUAGAGAUUUUGAUCCCAGGGAAUCUUUACCAAUUAAGACUACUUUGCAGGUACAAAUAUAUAUGGGGGAAGGAUGGCAUUCAGAUUUCCACCAUACACACUUUGAUCUAUAUUCACCGCCAGACUUCUAUACAAGGGUUGGAAUUGCAGGAGUUCCUGCUGAUACAAGAAUGAUGGAAACUACGGCAAUUGAGGAUCAGUGGAUACCAGUGUGGGAUAAGGUGUUUGAAUUCCCACUCACUGUUCCUGAACUGGCUUUACUUCGGAUUGAGGUUAUGGAGUACGACACAUCCAAAACACCUGACUUUGGUGGCCAAACAUGUCUACCACUGGCUGAGUUGAGGACUGGGAUCCGAUGUGUUCCACUGCAUGAUCAGAAGGGAGAAAGGUUCAAAUCUGUAAGGCUUCUUAUGGGUUUCAGAUUUAUAUGAUAUUACUAUGCACUACAGACCUUCAAUACUGGCAAUUGUCACAUAUUAUGGGUGUGCAUUAUAGACAUUCUGCCAGAAUAUAAGAAACACCUCUUAUAGCCAUUGGCUUGGACUUCUGAAUUUCACAGCUUCGUAGUUGUUUACAAAAGAGGAAGAAGCAGAAGGAGUUCUUAGAAAGCUUGUGUACAUGCACCACCAAACUAAUUUGAUUAUAGCUUUUGUCAUUCUCAAAAUUAACAUAAUUAGUAUUGUUGCACAUAGCCGGAGACAUGGAUAAUAAAGCCAAACCGAAGGAUUUUUUUUGUUUUGUUUUUUUGUUUUUUUGUUUUUUUUUUUG